CACAUGCAUUUGAUGGUCACCUUCCUUUUCGCGCGAGAGCCGAACUCUCACCCUCCAAUAAAACCCACAACACGAAUUCGCCAGUUAAAUUCUAGUUGAUAAAUGGUAUAUAAGGUACACCUCCAAUUUCCGAAAGCCGUUUUAAUAAUCUAAUUGCCGUUGCAGAUUUGUCUCUGUCUUCCCUCCAUUGUGUAAGAAUCAUGACCUGGAAUCUCCACCCACCCUACACUACCCAAUUCCAAUGCCAUAUUCGGCUAUAACACCUACCUCUUCUUUUCACCAUUAACAAAAUACGUCUCUAUUGAUUGCUUUAAGACCUAGAGACCAAAGUUUCAAUAUUUACCAUAUUUGCUUUCUGGGUAUUCCUAGAAACUCUGAUUGAUUGCAGUAGCUACUCGCUGCAACCUUACUGACAUGAGUUUAGGAUCCAAUACUACUCUACAAUUGAGUGGUUUCAGACCCGGAAUUGCAGAAACCAGAAAAUUGUCUCGUAAUCCUUCAAGAAUUUGGAGUUUUAAUGGCAAGAAGAAGCAUGGUAAAGUCAAGUCAGAAUCUUUCCAGUUGAAUAAGGAUUUUCUUUCCAGGGCAUUGAGUGUGGACAAAGAAGUGGAUAUAGAAGGGAUUAAUGGAGGAGUUACUAAAGAGAGACACUACGAUGCCAUUGUGAUUGGGUCUGGGAUUGGUGGGUUGGUUGCCGCUACACAGCUGGCUGUGAAGGGAGCUAGGGUUUUGGUUUUGGAGAAGUAUACGAUUCCUGGUGGUAGCUCUGGGUAUUACCAGAGGGAUGGUUAUACUUUUGAUGUUGGGUCUUCUGUGAUGUUUGGUUUCAGUGACAAGGGCAAUCUAAAUUUGAUAACUCAAGCAUUGGCUGCAGUUGGUUGUAAAAUGGAGGUCAUUCCUGAUCCAACUACUGUUCAUUUUCAUCUACCCAAUAAUCUUUCUGUUCGAGUUCACAGGGAGUACAGUGACUUCAUCUCAGAACUUACUACUAAAUUUCCUCAUGAGAAGGAAGGGAUCCUUAAAUUCUAUGGUGAAUGUUGGAAGAUAUUCAGUGCCUUAAACUCAUUGGAAUUGAAGUCAUUGGAGGAGCCAAUUUACCUGUUUGGACAGUUCUUUCAGAAGCCACUCGAAUGCUUGACAUUGGCUUAUUACCUGCCUCAAAAUGCUGGAGACAUAGCUAGGAAGUACAUAAAGGAUCCUGAAUUAUUGUCAUUUAUUGAUGCCGAGUGUUUUAUUGUGAGCACGGUUAACGCAUUGCAAACACCAAUGAUUAAUGCGAGCAUGGUUCUAUGUGAUAGGCAUUUCGGAGGGAUUAACUACCCUGUUGGUGGUGUUGGUGGAAUUGCAAAGUCGUUGGCGAGUGGCCUGAUUGGUCAGGGAAGUGACAUUCUAUACAGGGCAAAUGUCACUAACAUCAUACUAGAUGAUGGAAAGGCUGUGGGAGUAAGACUGUCAGAUAAAAGAGAGUUCUUUGCCAAAACCAUAAUAUCAAAUGCUACUAGAUGGGAUACCUUUGGGAAGUUAUUAAAAGGAGAAAAGCUUCCGAAAGAAGAAGAAAAUUUCCAAAAGGUUUAUGUUAAGGCUCCUUCUUUUCUUUCCAUUCACAUGGGUGUCAAAGCUGAGGUUCUGGUACCAAAGACAGAUUGCCACCAUUUUGUGCUUGAGGAUGACUGGGCAAGAUUAGAGGAGCCUUAUGGAAGUAUAUUUUUAAGCAUUCCCACUGUUCUUGAUUCAUCACUAGCUCCUGCUGGCCACCAUAUUCUUCAUAUAUUUACAACUUCUUCCAUAGAAGACUGGGAGGGACUCUCACCAAAGGACUAUGAGGCGAAGAAGGAGCUUGUGGCAGAUGAGAUUAUAAGUAGAUUGGAGAAGAAACUGUUUCCAGGACUCAGAUCAUCUAUUUCUUUUAUGGAGGUGGGGUCACCUAAGACACACAGGCGAUACUUAGCUCGUGAUGAAGGUACCUAUGGACCGAUGCCACGUAAUAUUCCUAAAGGCUUACUGGGAAUGCCGUUCAAUACAACAGGGAUAGAUGGUCUUUACUGUGUUGGGGAUAGCUGUUUUCCUGGACAGGGUGUAAUAGCUGUAGCCUUUUCAGGAGUAAUGUGUGCUCAUCGAGUAGCUGCUGAUAUUGGACUGGAGAAAAAUUCCCCUGUGUUGGAUGCUGCUCUCCUUCGACUUCUUGGCUGGUUGAGGACAUUGGCAUGAAUUUUCUGAUGGGAAAAGAGAGAAAAGGGGGAAAAUAAAGAAUAGACAACUCAGCAAGUGAAAUAUUUACCUGGAAAACAUUGGAAGGUGGCUGAGCAGCAAUGACUACAACAGCUUGAAUCUAAAAGAAAAUUUUCUGGGCUGUUGAAGGCAGGUAUCCUGAUGUUGUGACUUCUAAUAAAUUUUCACGCUUAAUUUGAAUACCUUAGGCUACAAAAACAUGAACAGAGCUGUAGAGCAAUCUUUCUUUUUUCUCUUAUAAUAACUGUUUAUUUUUAUUUCCCU